AUGGCUAUUAAUAAGGAGAUUACAACUCUAAAGGAAAAUCAAACAUGGGACGUGAUGCUCUUGCCUGAAGGAUGCAAAGCUUUACCUUGUAAAUGGGUGUACAAGGUCAAGAAACAUGCAGAUGGCACCAUUGAAAGGUACAAAGCAAGACUUGUUAUUAGAGGAGAUAUUCAAAGGGAAAAGAUUGAUUACAAUGAGACAUUUUCUCCUGUAGUUAAAAUGACAAUUGUAAGGUGUUUUUUAACUGUUGCUAUAAGAAGGAGUUGGCCUAUUUUUCAACUUGACGUGAACAAUGCAUUCCUUCAUAGAGAACUUCAAGAAUAA